AUGCCACGUGGCAGGCGCUCGUCUGCAAUCUCACGGUCGCGGAGCUCCACAAGACGGUCGCAAAGUCCCGCAAGAACAAACAAUGAUGGCAGCACAAGCGAGGGAAUGCAGGGGCAGCAGGUGCACCAGGGGUUGCACCAGGGGAGGAAGGAGGGACGGCAGCGGGUGGUGUGCCUGUCCUUGAGCGGUGCUGUCUAUGCAGAGGUGUGGUUGGACAAGCCUGCCACAGUGAACCAGCUGAGGAGUGAAGUAAAGGCCAUGGUUGAAACGGCUCCAGGCUGUGGUCUCAGCUUCUUUACGCCUGGAGGUGGGGAGCUCUCAGAGGGUGCAACCAUUCCCGAAGAGCUCGAAGAGGUCAACGUGGUGCUUUCCUCACGAAAACUUCUGGCCACAGCAUGUUCUGAUGGCUCAGCUGCCUUGUGGGAUGCUGCCACGGGCGAAUGGUUAACAUCCUUCCUUGGCCACGACCUCUCCGUGAUGUCUGUGGCCUUGUCACCAGACGGCGAGUGCGUAGCGACGGGCUCCUCGGACCACACCGUGCGGCUGUGGAGCGUUCCACGGCUCUCCUGGAGGCUAACCCUACGCGGUCACCAGCGCGCUGUCCAAUGCGUGAACUUCUCGAACGACAGCAGCCGACUGGUCUCCGCUUCCUCCGACUGCACCGCACGCAUUUGGAGUGCUGGCAGCUUUGGCGAGUGCCUCGCGGUCGUGCGGAGGCAUCGCAAGGACGUCUUGUGGGCUGGGUUCUCACCAGACGACGCACGACUGCUCACAGCUUCAGAGGAUCGCAGGGCGAUCGUGUGGGAUGCAGGUCCAGGUUCCCUGGAAUGGCAGCAAACCAUUGAGUGUCAGAACAAGCCGUUAACAUGUGCAGCCUGGUCAGCCGACAGUCUUCAUGUAGCCAUUGCGGCACGGGGCCGCGAGAUCUACGUAUGGAAGACUCGACAGACAUGUGGAGUCCAGCAGAAGUUGGACAAUUCCUCUGCAGUUUUUGCGGUGUGCUGGAACCCGGAGUCCAGGACACAUCUGGCAGCGGCCUUGGAAGAUCGAUGCGUCUGUGUUUGGGAUGCCUUCUCGGGUGAGCGCGUCGCUCACCUACAAGGCCACAGCGGGAAGGUCUUUGGCAUCAGCUACUCAGAUGAUGGCCGACUUUUGGCAAGUGCUUCCGCAGACGAGACUGUGAGAGUCUGGAGUGCUCAGACCUACGGCUACCUCAGGACGCUGGAGGGGCACUUUUCCGUGAUUAACUCUGUGAGCUUCUCUGCCGCCGCCAGCUCCUGCUGA